CCUGUUACAGUCCCGUCUACUACCCCAGUUGACCAUCAUGAAAGCUAACACCAUAGUGAUACUUUUACUUCCAAUUUUAUUGGCUGUAUAUUUUACUGAUGGGACUGCGUCGUACGGUACAUCAGUAGGUCACGUUGCAACUGUACACGCGGAAUCGGAUGAAUACCAUGGCCGACCAGGUGAUGAAGAUGACGACGACAACGAUAACGACGAAGAAACUGACCAUAAAAAACUGUACUCACGCUACUCUGGUUCCGCUCACGCUGCGCAGUCCUACAAUGCUCCGGCCUACGUUGCAGCCCCAACUUACUCGACUCCAGCUGUUGCAGCUGCAACUUAUUCUGCUCCACUUGCAGUCACUUCCGAUUAUGCGGUUCCGGCUUACGAAGUUCCUGUCCAUAACACUGAGGACCCUUUUUUGCCAUACUGGUUGCGUUCGGGUUAAACAAAAAACGUAACUUCUCAUAUUCCUCCCUUAAGCUAUCGCUAAUCUUCUCAAUAUUCAUUCUGAAGCCAGCUUAACAAACAUGUAAAACAAAAACCCUAAGCUAUCAUUCAUUAUUAAUCAUCUUUUACUAUUAAUUUUCAAUAUCAUUUCAAUCAGCCAACUGGAGUUACCAUAUAUACUUACUAUUGAACAAUACACUAAUUAUUAUAAA